AUGGGAAAAGAAGAUAACUUUAAGGUGAAGAAAGGAGACACUCAGGACCUGCCCUAUGACUACGACUCCAUAAUGCACUACGGAACAUACUACUUCUCAUCAAACCGGAACCCCACUAUUGGCUCCAAGAAGAGUGGAGUCCAGAUUGGACAGAGAAAUCACCUGAGCCCCCUGGACAUAACACACCUUAACAAACUCUAUCAAUGUGAAUAA